UGGGGAGGGAAACCAUAGGUGUGCGUGGGAGGGGAAACAAGCUGAGUGUGCGUCUCAUCUAAUAGAGCCUAGGAGCGCAUUAUCUUCCCCGUCAUCUCCGUCUGGGCGGUCGGUGCUGCGCCGUGCCUUUCCGGGAAACCAUCAGUAGAAGGUGCGUUGAUGCGAGCGGAUUUUCUCGGCCGCCGAGUCUAAUUGGUGCGAUUCAUGUCCCAGUUGGGUGUCUGAAACCUAUUCGUAGCGAGGGAGAGGUGAGAGUUGGGACGAGAUUCUCGCAGAGAUCCGCAAGCAGGACUGUUUGGAAAUGAAGGAAUUAUAAACGGGGCAUAAACAGGAGGGACGCACGCCAGCAGGUCAAAGUUUUCUUUUGCAGAAGUGGGGGUUUUCCUUUCUGCGGACAUCACCGUGCCUCAGAUUGACGCCGUGAUGGAAUGACACUUGGAGAGAGGAUGAUGGACACUUUGGCACCGGAGCUCCUGCUCAGAAAUCCUCCUGUUUACGCCCGGCGCGGUGCUGACCGAGCCCUCAGGACGGUGAUCAGUCAUUUGUUUUGAAGUGGCAGGAAAAUCCUCUCUUGAUCGUUUUCUCCCCCGGUCGCCAAACAAGAGUGCGAGAUGGUGCGCGCAGCGAUUCCUCAGAACCUGACGUGCGUACUCAUCACAUUCCCGUUAAGGAGCGCAUCUUAAAGAGCUUCUUUCUUCAUUCAUGUUCAUUCUGCCGCUCUGAACUUGUUGAACGGCGUUAAAGAGCAGGGGGACAGGGAGAACCCCGUACAAGAAAUCACCAGAUCGCCACGCAGGAACAGGACCAUGAUUGACAGCUGGGCGAGCUGAGGAGACCUGUCACUCAUCUUCCUAUCAGCGUGUCAGAGGACUAUCUCCUUCUCGCCUUCCCCCUCUUUGUCCUCCUUCUCCUCCACCACCAUCCUCUUCCCUCCCCUCAAUCCUCUCCUCUUAUCUUCUCAAUGGGCUGGUAACCUCACCAUCCCUCCUAGUUAUCCACCACUCCAGAAACCUGAAAGAGACAGAAAUAGUAAAGAAAAACAACAACAACUCUUCUAAAAGAUUGUCUCUCCACCUGAGGGAAGUUUGACAUGCCUCCUCACUCCAGUUGAGUGAGUUGUAGUAAGUGGAAGUAGAAGAGGGAUCCCUUGUUAUUACACCUUCAGAAGGAGAUACACCUCCUCAAGAAGGAGCCGAGAGAGGACCAGUCAUGCGUUUCCAUUUUGCGUUGACGCUGCAGGCGCUGUGGACCGGUGUUUGCCAGGCAGCCAUGCAGCACUACCCUGCAGCGUGGGGCCACUACGAUGUGUGUAAAUCCCAGAUUUUCUCAGACGAAGGCUUAACCUGGGACUACAUGGCCUGCCAGCCAGAGGCAGCAGACAUGACCCAGUACCUGAAGGUAACUCUGGAUCCCCCCAACAUCACCUGUGGAGACCCUCCGGAGACAUACUGUGCCCUGGAGAACCCCUAUAUGUGUAAUAAUGAAUGUGACGCCACCACGGAGGAACUCGCCCACCCUCCGGAGCUUAUGUUUGACAUCGAGGGCCGUAACCCCACAACCUUCUGGCAGUCCACAUCUUGGAAGAAAUACCCAAAGGCCCUCCUGGUCAACAUCACGCUAUCUUGGAACAAGACCAUUGAGCUGACAGACGACAUCGUCCUUACCUUUGAGUCUGGCCGGCCCGAGCAGAUGGUCCUGGAAAAGUCGUUGGAUUAUGGGCGAACCUGGCAGCCCUACCAGUUCUAUGCCACUGACUGCCUAGACGCCUUCACCAUGGAGCCCAAGACGGUGCAGGACCUGACUCAGCAUACCCUGCUGGACAUCAUCUGCACUGAGGACUACUCACGAGGUUAUGUGUGGAAGUAUGAUAAAACAGUGCGCUUUGAGAUCAAGGACCGCUUUGCGCUGUUUGCUGGGCCCCGGCUCCACAACAUGGCUUCGCUCUAUGGCCAACUGGACACUACCAAGAACCUGCGGGACUUCUUUACCAUCACAGACCUGAGAAUCCGUCUGCUCCGGCCCGCUACAGGAGCUACCAUGGUGGACGAGAAUAACCUGUCCAGAUACUUCUAUGCCAUUUCUGAUAUCAAAGUCCAGGGCAGGUGCAAGUGCAACCUUCACGCCAACAGCUGUGUAUAUGACAAAGAGAAGUUGAGCUGCGAGUGUGAACACAACACAACUGGCCCUGACUGCGGCCGCUGUAAGAAGAAUUACCAGGGCCGAGCAUGGAGCGCUGGCUCCUACCUGCCCAUCCCAAAGGGCACAGCCAAUAUCUGUAUUCCUAAUAACAUUGGUCCAGUUAUUCGGCCGAAUGUGUCAUCGCUAGGUGUCGCUAACCGAAAAGAAGUAGCUCCUCAGGUUGCAUUGUCCACUGCCCCUUCUGUCCACGUUGCAAACAGCAAGCGAGACUGCGAAUGCUUCGGCCACUCCAACCGAUGCAGCUACAUCGAGCUGCUAAACACCGUCAUUUGCGUGAGCUGUAAGCACAACACUAGGGGCCAGCACUGCCAGCUAUGCAAGCUGGGCUACUACCGCAAUACCUCAGCAGAACUGGACGAUGAAAAUGUGUGCAUAGAGUGUAAUUGUAAUCCCUUUGGCUCAGUCAGUGAUCGCUGUAAUGGCACAGGAUUUUGUAUAUGUAAGGAGGGCACUACAGGGCCUAAGUGUCAGCAGUGUCUACCCGGCUAUUUGUGGGACGAUGGCUGCAAAUCCCGGGUGUGUGACAACGAGCUCCUGCGCUGCCAAAAUGGCGGAGUGUGUGUCAACAACGUCCGCUGCAGCUGUCCCUCAGACUACUCAGGCCUGCUGUGCGAGAAGCCCCGCUGCGAGUCGGAGCUGGGGGGCUGCGGGGGCCCCAAUUCGGGCCAGGCCCCCCUGACGCCUCCAUCAUCCCCCAGGCUGCUGCUGCUGCUGCUGCUGCUGGGCUCGGCGCUGCGGAGAGAGGCCUCCUGCUGGCCCGCUGUGCUCUGAAGAGACCCAUGACCUUUAACCUUCCCAA